AUGGGUAGAGGCAAGAUCGAAGUAAAGCGAAUCGAAAAUAAUACUAGCAGACAGGUAACGUUUUCUAAGAGACGUACCGGGCUGCUCAAGAAAACACACGAAUUAUCAGUAUUGUGUGAUGCGCAGAUUGGCCUCAUUGUCUUCUCCAACAAAGGGAAACUCUAUGAGUACACAAGUCACCCUCUCAGCAUGGCUCAAAUCAUAGACAAAUAUCUGAUAGCAACCGGUGCUCGGAUUCCCGAACAUAUGAAUAACCGGCAAAUGAAUAGUGAGCUGUCAAGGAUGAAGAAGGAGACUUUAAACCUUCAACUAAGCCUCCAAAGAUACAAAGGCAGUGACUUGAAUGCCGUACAGCUUGAGGAGCUUAAUCAACUUGAGCAACAGUUGGAGCUUUCCGUCCAGAAGGUCCGCGCUAGAAAGUUUCAGCUGUUGCAACAGCAAGUGGACAAUCUUCAACGCACGGAAAAAGCGUUGGAGAAGGAAAAUGAGGACAUGUAUCAUUGGCUGAUGAGUAGACAAGAAGAGCAGGUGAACCAGCAGCAACAAGUAGCAGCAAUGACUGAGCUGAGACUAGUAGGACAAGAUCAACAUCAAUUGUUUGAACAGUUUCCGUUUUAUGGAUCAGUAGAUGAACAGCCUGCAAACACUGCUAGUGUUCUUCAGCCUGACCUUCAACUGCACUCAUACCCAUCAUUCCGCCUCCACCCAGCUGCUCAACCCAACCUGCAGCCUGAUCAAUCCACUAGUGCACCUCAUCAUGACAUCUAUAUAUGGUGCUUAAAUCCAUUAUUCUAUUCCUUAUUAUUUUCUGAUUAA